UUUGGAUGAAAUUCGAGAAAGCCACUGACACACCUGCUGAACUAGAAAUCAAUUGAACAAUGAACCAAUAUUGGUUCUGUAUGUUUUAUAUAAACUUAACCAACAAAAAAAAAAAAGAAAAAGUAAAUAAAGGUAUGUAGUCAUGACUAUUUUCUAGUCAAAACAGUACUUUAGAUUAAUAUAGUUAAAUGCAAUUCAGGAGGGGGAGUUACAUGCAUACAUAUCUUAUAUUACAUACAUUGUUGGAUUCACUGCUCAAGAUUCUUGGACACCUACAAUUAAUAUCAAAAAGUAAAGUGGGGUAGAGAGACAAAAAAAAGAAAAAGAAAAAGCCUAAGCUUCGACUUAAUUAAAGUUGAAGGAUAUUGCUUUCAAUGGAAGCAAGAAGCUGAUUCCUAAAGCUAGCUUUAUUCCAUUUGGAAUCACAACAUAAGCCCUCUUUACUACUCUCAUCAAUCUGCCUCUUCCUACUACUUUCCAAACCCCAACAUGGCCAACAAGUUAACUCCUGAAGGUUCAUACCUCCAACCCAAAACUCCUGAAGGUUCAUACCUCCAACCCCAAACCCUGCAGGUUCUGCCCUCCAAAUCCAAACUCCUUCAGGUUCAUACCUCCGACCCCAAACUCCUGCAGGUUCUGCCCUCCAACCCCAAACUCCUGCAGGUUCUGCCCUCCAAACCCAAACUCCAACUGAUGAUGAAAACUCCUGACCGUGGGAGCAUUUUCAUGUCUUCCGAUGACAAUUUCAUUUGCGAUUAGUAUAUAAGGCCAGGCAGAUUGCAAGAAGCGCACAAGCCCUCUUAACUACUCUCGUCUGUUCUGAAAUCUAGAGUUCUGCUAAUUUCCGUAGCCCAACAUGGCCAGCAAGUUGGCUCCUGAAGGUUCUGCCCUCCAACUGAUGAUGAAAACUCCUGACCGCAGGAGCAUUUUCAUGUCUUCCGAUGACAACUUCAUGAUGAAGCAAAUUCUGGCAACUCACGCUCCUGAUGGCCGCGAGGUUAAUAUUAAACCUCUUCUCCGUGUUGUUGAGGACAUCCUCCGCCAUUCCACCCUCAAUGUUGAUGGCCUUUUACUGGAUGGUACCCAAGCACAAAAGGAAAACGUGGAAGACAAAACCAAUCAAGCUGGUGUCGUUCUCUUGCUUGACUCACUGUUAUAUACAAUUGAACGGAUAUCCUGCGAGAUGGAAAGCAAGUGUUUGAGCGGAGCCGAAGGACAUGCGACAACACUCCCUCUGUUUAAUGUGGUAUCGAGCUUUUCAUGGGAGGCUAAGCUGGUGCUAAUAUUAGCUGCUUUUGCUUUAAAAUAUGGGGAAUUCUGGCUCCUUUGCCAGAUUUACUCAUCAAACCAACUUGCAAAAUCAAUGGCCGUCCUUAAGCAAUUACCUAUCAUCAUGGAGCACUCUGGCUCAUUGAAAUCGCGGUUUGAUGCAAUUAAUAAUAUCAUCAUGACCAUUUUGGAUCAGACAAGGUGUAUCGUGGAGUUCACGGAUCUACCAUCUACCUACAUCACACAUGAUGUACCGGCAUUGUCAACUGCCUCAGCCACUAUCCCAACUGCUGUCUAUUGGGCCAUCAGAGGUGUCAUCGUUUGCACAGCUCAGAUUAUCAAUCUUAGUACCACUGGCCACGACUUACAAGAUUCAUGGGAUCUAUCUACUUUGACUCACAAGAUCAACAACAUACUCGACCAUCUUAAGAAGCAACUGGCUACUUGCUACCAAUACAUAGAGGAUAAGAGGAAUUUUGAAGCUUACGACGCACUGCAGCAUAUAUUUGAAACGAUCCAAAUUGAAAACAUGAAAGUUCUCAAAGCAAUAAUUUGCCCCAGGGAUGAUCAGGCACCGCUACUUGAUGGUGCUUCAAAGAAAAGGGUGAGCCUUGAAGUUCUGAGGAGGAAGAUUGUGUUAUUGCUGAUAUCGGGCAUAAACUUUUUCCAGGAGGAGUUUUCGGUUCUGGAGCAUGUUUACAAUGACUCGAGGAACCAUGCAUACGAGGUGGUGUGGAUUCCAAUUGUGGAACAUUGGGUCCAGUGGACUGACCUGAUGCAAAAGCAGUUUGAGACCCUGCAGGCCACAAUGCCAUGGUUCUCAGUGCACCACCCUUCAUUGAUCCAGAAACCAGUCAUCAGGUUCAUCAAGGAGAAAUGGCAUUUCAGAAACAAGCCUAUCCUUGUGGUGCUCGACCCACAAGGAAAGGUGUUGAGCCCUAAUGCAAUCCACAUGAUGUUGAUAUGGGGAAGUGGUGCCUUCCCUUUCACCAGCUUGAAAGAGGAAGCUCUUUGGGAUGAAGAGAUUUGGAGGCUUGAAUUGCUGGUCAAUGACAUUGAUCAAACAGUUCUGAAUUGGAUAAGAGACGGCAAAUACAUAUUCUUGUAUGGAGGGGACGACAUUGAGUGGAUUCGAAAAUUUACAACCUCAGCACGCUCUGUUGCAUUGGCUUCUCGCAUCCCAUUAGAGAUGGUGUAUGUGGGAAAAAGCACCAAAAAGGAGCAAAUCCGGCGUGUCAUCUGGACCAUCGUGAUGGAGAAACUCAGCUACUGCUGGCAAGAUAUGGCCAUGAUAUGGUUUUUCUGGACCCGUCUAGAGAGCAUGUUGUUCUCCAAGAUUCAACUAGGCAAAGGCGAUGACAAUGACCCCAUGGUGCUGGCGAUCAAGAAAAUCCUCUGCUAUGACAAGAGCGGUGGAUGGGCUGUGCUGACCAACGGAAGUUCCGUGGUGAUCAACGGACACAGUAGCACGGUGUUGCCUGCAUUGAAGGACUAUGAUAUGUGGAAGGAAAAUAUACCUGUCAAAGGCUUCGAUCCAUCAAUUAAAGAUUACCAUGACUUGCUUCAUGGCGCGGCUCUGCCGUGCUGUCGCUUCGAAUUUCCGAGCACUUUCGGGAGGAUUCCGGAGAAUAUGAAAUGCCCAGAGUGCCUCCGCAUUAUGGGAAAAAACUUUGCUUUCGUCUGCUGCCACGACGAAAUUGUUGUUAGUGCACUAUAUUGAGUCACUACUGUGAGCUUCCAUUAAGUACUAAUAUUUUGUAAUUGGUUAAUUUCGUUAUCAAAACAAGUUCGAUCGAGUUUGUAGACACCAAAAAUUUUAACGGAUUUUUAUUUUGACAAA